UUUGAUUUUUCAUUUAAAGAAGUAAGUGACUCCUAAUUUUACUUCCAUUAUACGGUCUCAAAAAUAAGAAUGGAUUACUCUGAAGAAUACAUUAAAAUGGAGAUGGAAUGUGAACCAAAGAAAUCAUUUCGGAGAGGUCUUCCAUGCAGGAAACAAACUGGCAUCCUUGUGAUUCUAGGAACAGUCUACAUGACUGUUUUCAUGGUCAUGACUUUUGUCAUCUAUUCACAUCAAGAACGAAACUUCUCAAUGCUUCAGAGUUGGAUGAACAGCCAUACUUCUGAUCUAACCUCAGUCAAAUCUGAUUUUCAGAUCACAGGUGGUGAUCUAGAAAAGAAAGUUGCAGAGCUGCAGACCUUAGUAUCCAGCUUGAGUUCACAUAUGAACACAUCUGGACCAAGCAACCCAAUGACCAGGGAAAUGCACAUAAAGUUGUCUAGUAUCGAGACCCUGAUGACCGGUCUUGGUUCGUCACUGAAUUCACUCGCAUCCAAACAAGAAGGAAACCUACAAAAGCUGGAGCGACAGCAAGAUGUGUCAUACACUGAAGUCAAGAGUUUGAUGGACAGUUUGAGUUCUGCAGUAUCAGAUCUUAGGGAUACACUAGCACACAAUUUGAUGACAUCUGUUUUUUCUAUUCCACACACACAACGCAUCUUGAUGGUCAUGUCAAACUCGCUGUCAGAGCUGAAGCAUUCAGUCGAGCAAAUGAGAUCAUCUAUUCAAACACUUUCUUACAAACUAUCAUUUACAAAUUUACUUACACCAGGCUGUACUGAACCUGAUUGGAUCCCGUUCAGAAACAGCUGUUACCUGUUCUCAGAUAAUACAAUGAACUGGACCGAAGCAAAGGAUUACUGCGAAGAGAAGGGCGCGAUGCUUCUAAAAAUAGAAGAUGGUUCAGAGAAGGAGUGGCAAUUUGUAACCAACUUUGCCAAACCACAUGACUAUUGGAUUGGUCUUACGGACGAGAGCACAGGGCAAUGGAGAUGGACGGAUGACACUCCGUACACCAUUAAUAAAGAACACUGGGCACCUGGGCAGCCAGAUGACUGGAACGAACACGGCCUGGGAGAAGAAGGAGAGGACUGUGGGCAAAUUACAUUUAAUGGGAUGCUUAAUGAUGUCCACUGCUCUACCAAAAUGAAGUAUAUAUGUGAAAUGCAAAAAUAAAUAAGUGGAAUUCUGAAAGCACAGUGUAAAUAGGCUUUGUUUUGACCAUAUUAAGUUUUCGUGUGUGAGAAUUAUGUAAAUUACAAAUCACAUUAAUGAUGUGUUUAUCAGUUUUGUAGUGUAGAUAACAAUAUGACUAAUUUAAAAGAGAAGUUCACUUUCAGAACAAAAAUUUCCAGAUAAUUUACUCACCCCCAAGAUGUUCAUGUCUUUCUUUCUUCAUUUGAUAGGAAAUUUUGUUUUAUUUAAAUGCAUCUUCAAAUGGCUUGUUUCCAGCCAAGGAAUAAGGGUCU